CAGAAUCAUUUCAACCUGUUGAUUUUCAAAUUCAGCUGUAUGUACCAAAUAUAUAUAUAUUGCUGAAGAAAGCACAUUUCCGUUACCAAAUGUAAAGAAGGAAAAAAGAGAGAAGACAAAGAAAAGAAACCCAGUCCAGCUUUCAUUAAUCUGUUGAAAUAUUUUGAACUUAUCUGAUUCCUUCUUAAUUUUCUCUGGAGAUAUGAAUGAGAAGGUGAUGAGAGCUGUAUGCUAUGAAAGUUACGGCAGUGGAUCAGAGGGCUUGAAGCACGUACAAGUUCCUAUCCCUAAACCUAAGAGGGACGAGGUUUUAGUGAAAGUGGAAGCAUCAUGCCCUAACCCCAUUGAUUACAAGCUUCAGGGUGGCAUAGCAAGGCCUUUUAUGCCCAAAAAGUUCCCUUACAUACCAGUAACGGACAUAUCAGGGGAAGUAGUAGAGAUUGGGUCAGAUGUACAGUUCCAAGUUGGUGAUAAAGUAGUUGCCAUGCUUACCUAUACUAAUGGAGGCGGCCUGGGGGAAUAUGCAGUUGCUCCAGCAAAGCUAACAGUAAAAAGGCCUGAAGAAGUGUCAGCUGUUGAAGGCGCUGGUCUACCUCUAGCAGGACUUACUGCACUACAUGUCUUAACCAUUCUCGGACACGUUGAAAUCAAAAGUGGUGGGAAGGCAGCUAAUGUUUUAGUCAUAGCAGCCUCAGGUGGAGUGGGUCAUUACGUAGUUCAAUUAGCAAAGCUUGGAAACAAUCAUGUGACUGCUACUUGUGGAGCUCGAAAUAUCGAGCUUCUAAAGAGUUUGGGUGCAGACGAAGUUCUAGACUAUACUACAGAAGAUGGUAAAAUGUUGAGGAGUCCAUCAGGGUGCAAGUAUGAUGUUGUAAUUAACUGUGCCACAAGUGAAAUCCCAUGGUUAACAUAUAAGCAAAACCUCUCUGAACAAGGAAGAGUUGUGCAUCUUAACCCUGACGGUAAGACAAUGAUGAAGUCUGUUUCUUUGAAGCUCAGCUGCUCCAGGAAGAAGGUUACGUCGUUGAUGAUGUGCCCCAAGAAAAAAGAAGACCUAGAAUUCCUUGUUGGAUUGGUUAAAGAAGGCAAGUUGAAGACAGUAGUCGACUCCAAGUAUCCACUUGCAGAGGCAGAACAAGCUUGGGCUAAGAUGAUGGGAGGUCAUGCUACUGGGAAGAUCGUUGUAGAACCAUAAAAUGCAAGACAUUCGGGUAAACUAUUGAAUUCAAGCUGAAAAUCGUGGAAAAAACUUAUCAGUAUUGUGAUUAUUGCUAAAAACAAAAAAAAAAAAUUGUGAACAUGUAACGUGUUAUCAGUGCAACCUCUGUGCCAUAUUUUUUUCUUCAACAUCAUAGAAGUGGAACAACUUCUAAGACACAUUGCUCUGAACUUCAACUUCAAAUAAGUUUGAAGCUCUAAUAAUAGAGCAAAAGUAAAUAAAGAAUUCAACGAGCAUAAGCACUCAAA